UGAGUCACAAAUACACCUGUAAGACGAAUAAGAGAACUGAUAUUCAAGAGUUUUUGCCUAGUGCUGAUGAAGUCUGAGGUAAAAUACUGGAAAAAAGAUUUACACGACGUAUCCACUUCAAAAGGAUCUAGACGGCAAGUCCCAGCUGGAUUUCCUGCGGGCAGUGGAAGAGCCCAGAGCCACAGCAAGGACCUGCAAGCCACCUCCGAGCCAUCCCACCUGGGCAUGCGCUGCUAGGUGCACAGGUCUGGGAGGGCCAGCAGGACCUUUCACCAUGAUGUUAGCUAACAAGAAGCACUUCACCGCUGCCACAGUUGGGGCGCUGGUCGCACUCUCCAUCGUUGCCCUUGUUCUCAGCCUGGUGAAGAUUGAAGAUGUCACCCUGCCACCCACGGUCAAGUACGGGAUGGUGUUUGACGCAGGCUCAUCCCACACCUCUCUAUUUGUCUAUGAGUGGGACUCAGACAAGGAGAAUGACACUGGUGUGGUCAGCCAGACCUUGUCCUGUGAUGUCCAGGGGCAAGGCAUAUCAAGCUAUGCCAACAAUCCCACGAAAGCCGGUGAUUCCCUAAGGGAGUGCCUGGAUAAAGCCCUGAAGGUUGUUCCUGCUGCAAAACAGAGGGAUAUCCCAGCUUAUCUUGGAGCAACAGCAGGCAUGAGGCUGCUGAGGGAACAGAACAGCUCAGCGGCAGACCAAGUCCUGGCCGAAGUUGCUAAAACCAUGCAAGAGUACCCCGUGGCUUUCAAAGGGGCACGAAUCCUUACAGGAGAGGAGGAGGGGGCUUAUGGCUGGAUCACCAUCAACUACCUGCUGGACUCCUUCACUAAGUACUCCCCCAAAGCACGCACCUGGGUUCGUCCAGAGGCAGCCAACAUUUUUGGGGCGCUGGAUCUUGGAGGAGCAUCCACUCAAAUCAGCUUUAUGCCUGAAAGUUCAGCGGUAAACUGGAAUGAAGCCUCCAAGUUCAUGCUGUAUGGCUAUGACUACAACAUCUACACGCACAGCUACCUCUGCUACGGGCAGAACGAGAUGCUGAAGCGACUGGCCAAGGAAUUAAUUGUGGAGUCGUCCCCCAGCACGCGAGUCGAUCACCCUUGCUACCCAAAAGACUACAAUGAAACCGUCUCGCUGUCUUCCUUCCGCACCAGCCCCUGCACCAACCGGAGCGACGCACGCCUGACCCUCAGUGACAGGAACGUGACCCUGGAGGGCAGGGGCAAUGCCAGCGGGUGCCUGGCUGCCAUCAAGAAGCUGUUCAACUUCUCGGCGUGUGGCCAGAGCCAGGACUGCACCUUCGACGGCGUCUACCAGCCCCCCGUCAGCGGGCACUUCAUUGCCUUCUCUGCCUUUUACUAUAACUUCAAGUUUCUCAACCUGACGGAGGGGCAGUCGCUGGCCGCUGUCAGGGAGACCGUUGAGCAUUUCUGCACGAGAAGCUGGGAAGACCUGUCUUCUAGCUACCCUGAAGAGAACCCUGAGCGACUGCCUAAAUACUGCGCCAACGCCAAUUACAUCCUCACGCUCCUCCUCGAUGCCUACAAGUUCAACGAGACCAGCUGGAACAACAUCUUCUUCCAGAUGAAGGCGGGGAGCGCCAGCAUCGGCUGGACGCUGGGGUACAUGCUGAACCUCACCAACAUGAUCCCGGCAGAGGCUCUGGCGCGGGUGAAGGGGCACGUUCCUUCCUUGUGGGCUGCAGCCGUCACCUUCAUCAUCCUCACCCUUGCCUUGGGACUGGUUGCCCUGCUCCUGGUCCUGUGGGUGUAAGAGCCCGGCUGUGUUUGGGAGCGUGGCAGGAGCACGUCAGGGCUGGAGGGCUGUCUGCACCGCGGUGCCCUGCGCUUCCCCCGGCAGGACUGGCAGCCUGAGGCUCAUUCAACAAUGCUGAGCACCUUAACCUCUACAGCACUGAAGAAUCAAUGUCUGGCCUCCCACGGGACUGCCCCCAACAUGCGGAUAGGCACCACAUGAGGUUUCCAGAGGAGCUGCACACCAGCUGGGAUCAGCUAUACACCACAGGAACCCCACCCGUGCCUAUCUGCCUCCUUACACCUCUGUGUCUCUUACAGACCUGGCCUCCAUCCCACCAGCUGGCACGUGGGGCCGUGGAGAGCCAGCCCGGCUGUGGAAGAACUCCACGAGUGCCAGACUGUUAGUGCACGGCUGCAGGCACUUGGUGACAGGGUGCUUCAUAGGAUGCUGGAUCUGACCACGGUUGCCAACAGACAGGCAGGUCCCUGAUGGGUCUGCCAGCGUGAGGGCAUGGAAGGCUCUGCAGCACCCCGGCUGUCUCUCCUGAGGGUGUAUUGUUUGGGUUUAUCUGAUGGUCUCGAAGACAGAAGGCAAAUUGAGCAUCCGAAGUCAGAAACGUGGUCCGUGCUUCCAUAAAGGCUCCAUCUCAUCUCACCUCAUCUCACCUCAUCUCUCAUCUCACCUCAUCUCUCAUCUCAUCUCAUCUCAUCUCAUCUCAUCUCAUCUCAUCUCAUCUCAUCUCAUCUCAUCUCAUCUCAUCUCAUCUCAUCUCAUUUCAUCUCAUCUCAUCUCAUCUCAUCCCACCUUCCUUUUCUUCUGGGAUAAAGGCAUUGAUGUUCCUGAGUGUCUUCCUGGCGACCAGACUGUCCCACCAGCAGAAGGCCUGGACACUGUGGGUGUCAGGCUGAGACUCCAGCAGGCUGCGAGUCCUGCCCUGACUCUGCGCA